UAAGAGGCGCCUACAUGCUGAGAGUGGCCAGCAGAGGCAACCCUGGUGCCCAAAGUGAAACUGGAAUCUUCUGCUAAGGAGACAUGAGUGGCUAACAGGGCGGCCGGUUGACAUGAAGUAAAGGCCAAGCAAAGCUGUCGCGCCUCUCUAAGAUGACACGGACCGACCCGCCGGACCUACUAGUGUGUACGGGAUAUCGAGAUAUCAAGGUGACCCUGAGAGCCGAUUCUCCCGUCCCCAGAGCCAGCGCACAAUGUGACAGCUUCAUGUCCAGCCACACGGAGACCCACCAGCAACAGUUCAACAAGAGGCACUGCCGCAGCUUCGACUUCCUGGAGGCCUUGGGCGAACCCCUGAGCAUGGAGCGCCCCCAGCGGGGCAGCCAGAGGCGGGCAGACACCCCGGAACCCACCUCUCAGCCCGUGGCCAGGAAGGCCUCCCUGAAGUCCGACCCCAGAUACAUCUCUCAGGGGGUAGACACCUCGAAGGAGGCAGCCAAAGAGCCAAGGAGGAGGCCGCGGUCCAAAAGUGCCCCCAGGGCCAAAACUGCUUUCACCCCCAUCCCCAUACAAAUGUCAUCUUCUCAGUCACCUCCUCCGGCCGCCAGAAGGGGCAGAGAGGUGCUCCGGGCCUCCAGGGAACCCCAGAAACCUGUAGCCUCCCCCAAAAGGGAGGUCAGUUACGCUCCGGCCAAGGUGCUUAUGAAUGAAGUGCACCCCAUAAAGCUGCAGCCGCAGCGCAACAGCGCCAGUCGCAUUUCUCCCCUGUGUGUCAGCACCAACUGCAUGGAGGAAGGCCCGGGGCCCAAGCCCAUCUCCAGCCCCCAUGUGCGGUGCCGAGUAGACAUCAAGCCUGACGAUGCGGUACUGCAACAUGCUGCACAUAGCUCCAAGUCCAGUCAGAACUGGGGGGAGGCGCCAUAUUGCACCAGGCAACCAGGCACCCCCAGGAACUUGGCGGUACCCACUGCCAGGUUUAUAUCUGUGUCCCGGACCCCCACGCCCAGUGACUCCUAUAGUGGGGAGCACAGGAUCGCACACUUCCCCUGCAAUUCAGGGGGCGAGAUGUACAGCACAGAGUUUCGGGGUGUCCCAUACCAAAGCGUUGCUUCCCCAAGGGAUUUCACACUGUACCCCGGCAGAGACUGCAGCCAGUAUGGCAGCACCCCCAUCCCACCCUCGUACUUCUACGCAGAGGAUGACGGUGCUUACGCUCAAAAUAUCCCCCUCAAAAACAGGGGCUGCCUUACCUACCCUGCGGCCCCUACUCACAACUACUACCCGGAGGAUCCCCCUACUGGGCCUCGGACUUACUAUAUAGAGGAGCCCAGGCCGUACCCUAUUCAGGAGGCCCCAGUAAGGACGUUCUAUGGCGAGGAUGCCCGUUAUUACCCUCCUCGUACAAUGUCGGGCAAAUCUCUGUACGGAGAGGAGCCCAGGUUGUACCCGCUUCAGACUUCAGCUGCCAAACACUACUUUGCUGAGGAUAUUGCAAAGUAUUCGGAAAGGGAGGCCCUCUCCAGAACCUACCCCUACCCAAGGACCUCUCAGCCCCUCCAAUUCAGUGAAUGGUAUUUUCCAGACCAGGGCCCAGUUCCAUACCCAACCAUACCCAUAUCGCCAUUUCCCUCACAGCCAACUGGCAGGGAGGCCAUGCUCUCCUCUUGGCAUGCCUCCUACAGCAUGAACCAGCAGAGACUGGGCACCGACACCAGGAGCUACUCCAGGUCUUGGGACAAUAUUUUGAACCCUGGUGGGAGCAAAGAAGACCCACUGACCCGGGGCCGCAGCUAUGAGAACCUGCUGUGCCGGGAGCGACGUGCCUUAUCGCCCGAUGACAGACGCCAACCUGUGGUCGUUAAUCUUUCUUGCUCCCCCAAACGCUACGCUGCCCUAUCCCUUUCGGAGAACUCCAUAGUGGAGAAGGUUCACACGGAAGGUGGAAGGUACACAAUGGGGCGCUCUUGGUUCGUUACCCCUGAGAUCACCAUUACAGAUAAUGACUUAAGGGCAAAUGGGAUGGGAAGGGCGGAGAGGAGGUCGGCCAGCUGGGAUGUGAUGGACUCAGGGGUGGCACCGCCGGUGUACCAAGCCCACCCUUCCUAUCCUACCAAAGAGAAGAUGCCAAGCAGAUCGGCCCGGCACCGCAGCUUGGAGCAACUGGACGAGCUGAUCGCAGACCUGGUUAUAGACUACAAGCCGCCGUCGAGUCGCCGCCCCAGUGAAGCAGAUGCUCUCGCAGACCAGUUGAGAAAGUUAAUCAAGGAGGACAUGAUAGGGGUCCCGAGGAAAACGGAACACUACGGGCCGAUGGCACAGCUCAUGCAGAGUAGGCCCCUGAAGGAACAGCCGACACCGACAUUUCCAGAAUCCCUCCGAGGGGGGCCGAGGAGAGGGCCCUUCCCAGAGGUGCCCGCCAGCAGCCCCCACAAGCCCCUGGAAGACUGCUCGCCCGAUCUCAGCGCCGACGAGGAUGAUCUGUUAACUUGCUCCAAUGCCAAGUGCCGCCGCACAGAGACCAUGUUCAACGCCUGCCUCUACUUCAAGUCCUGCCAUAGCUGCUACACCUACUACUGCUCCCGCAACUGUCGCCGCGAGGACUGGGACACCCACAAAGAGAGCUGCAUCUACGGCCGGAUGGGCAGCGUCUGUCGCCACGUGCUGAAGUUCUGCCGGGAGAAUACGGAGGUGCACAAAGCCUUCUCUCGCAUUGCCAAGGUGGGGUACCUCUCACGGGGCAGAGGGGUGCUCUUCCUCGGCUUCCCCAACCCUGGUUCUGCUGAUAACUUUCUCCAGCUGGGUUUGGAAGGCCUGCUGAUGUCGCCCACCUACUUGUCGCUGAGGGAGCUGGAGAGCUACUCGGACAACCUGGGCGAGCAUGCCAAGGAGCUGCAGGUAGCUGGCAACCAAUAUGACCCGGAGGAAUGUUUCUUGUUGAAUGUAACUGUGGCGGUGGGACAGGGGGGCUCCGACCGGCUCUCAGCCCGGGCCCACCAUAUCCCCACUGUGCGCAAAUACGCCAAAAUAGCCUUAGCCUCUUCCAGCCCGGAGAGGAAGAUCACUAAAAAGGAAAAGGACAUGGAGACUCUGAUCUUAACCCCACCCCCUGGCACUGCCAACCUGGAUAAUGAGGGAGAGGAAGGCAGGAAAGCCAGGGAGGUCUGCUUCAUCCAUAUCCAAAGGGAGCUCCGAAUGAGAGGGGUCUUCCUCCGCCAUGAGUACCCCAAAAUCUACCAGCAGCUGUGUGAGUUUGUGGAGAGCAACAAGAGGUUCACCCCCACCACCAUUUAUCCCAUCGACAGGAGGACUGGCAAACAGUUCAUGUGCAUGAUCAUGGCAGCUUCCGAGCCAAGGACCCUGGACUGGGUGGCCAGCCCAAACCUUCUGGAUGAUAUCAUGUGACUGGAGGUCUCCCAUGUCCUUCCCUGGCUUUGUAGUUUAUUUAUUUAAUUUUUUGUACUGGAAGAAGUCAUAUUGGUUUCAUAUUUACAACAAGCUCCGACCCUUCCAUUGGUCUGCCUUUCGUUGUUGCCCUUUGCUGUUGAAUUAAGGUUAAUGUUUAAAGCAGGGGUGCCCAGACUCUACUUAUAGCGGGGUCAUCGCUUUGCCUCUAGGGCAAAUCUAACCUUAUUGCAUAGUUCUGAGAGAUACAUACACCGGCUCACAGUCUACUGCUAGAUCCCGA